UUAUUCUUCCGUAGAGGAAACAAAAAAGAUUUACGUUGAAGACCAGAAAACAAAUAGAUCCGCUGUACCGAGGGUAGAAUGCUGCAUGUCGAAAGGAUAUUUAUUUAGUACUUAAAAUCCUAACACCAAGACGCCGAUUUACAUUGGUUAUCUGUGCUUCGUUUUAACAGUUAAAUAUGGCUGUGAGGUCUAGAUGUUGUGUAUAUUGAUCUAUACAACAACCCCAAAACAUAUCAUCUUUUCCCCUGCCUAGUUGAUUUUGAAAUGCGACGGGACGACAGUAUUCCGGCAAUAGCGACACAACUGCGGUACGCACAGCUCUGCAGAAAGCAUUUGGAAGAGAAGGGGAUACUUGACACGAGGUUCCGGCUGCAGAAGCUGGCUGAUGCCACAGUGGCAUUGCCUGUUCUGUCUGCCAGAGUGCCAGAGUUAACCCUCGGGGUCCUGCAGCACAGUGUGGCCCCUGGGAGCACCUGCACCAUUACACACAUCCAGAGCCCUGUUCCCUCAAAGAAGUCAAGCGUGAGAUCGUCUCAGCAGCAGCUUGAGGAGGCUCUGCGGGGCUUGGUGGAGCUCAGAGGGGAGGUGUGGAGCGAGGAGCUGGGUCGUGACCUGCCCCAGAGCUGGAAACGACAUGGAGAUCUGGCCAUUCUGGGAGAGGCCACCUUCAGGCAGCCAGUCUGGAAGAUACUGGAGCCUGAGUUAUGGGAGACAGUAGCGUCAACCCUGGGGGUGAAAAGGGUGGCUAGAAUGGGGCGAGUCUCUACAGACAGAUUCAGAACUCCCACCGUCACUCUGCUACAGGGGCAGGACGGCUGGGUGCAGCAUGUGGACAAUGGGAUCAGGUACGAAUUUGAUGUGACAAAGUGCAUGUUCUCAUCGGGAAACAUCACUGAGAAGCUGAGGAUCGCCUCUUUUAACUGCAGCGGGGAGACAGUGGUCGAUUUGUAUGCAGGUAUUGGGUACUUCACCCUGCCUUAUCUGGUGCAUGCUGGUGCUUCCUUUGUCCACGCUUGCGAGUGGAAUCCCCAUGCGGUCAAUGCAUUGCGGAGAAACCUGGAACUCAAUGGAGCUGCCCAGCGCUGCCAGGUCCACCAAGGAGACAACCGGCAGCUCUCCCUGUGUGAUGUUGCUGACAGGGUGAAUUUGGGAUUGAUCCCUAGUUCAGAGGAGGGCUGGCCCACAGCGUGUCGUCUAUUAAAGUGUGAGACAGGCGGUGUCCUCCACAUCCAUCAGAACGUCUCCUCUCACCCGCAGAAACCUGACCCGGCGCUUCUCUUACAGAAUCUUUGCCUCCAAGCGGUAUGUGACCCCAGCAGCCCUGCAGGGAAGGCGGCAUGUGACUCGGACGCUGCAGACAGUAGAGAGUCUGCUCCGGGGCUGCGCUGCAGAGACUCCAUGAGGACAACUGUGAAAGCAGAAUGGCAGGCAUGGUCGAAGGCUGCAGCGUGCCGUAUAGCUGCACUCCUCCUGGAGAUCAAGGGACAGCCGUGGAGGACACACGUCCUACACAUGGAACAUGUCAAGUCCUACGCACCCCACGUCGAUCACAUUGUGUUGGAUUUGGAGUGCAGACCCACCUGAGUGGUGUGAUGGGCACAUGUUUAUAUACUUGUCUUGGAAACAAAGGUUAAUAGCAAUUGAAAAUGUACUGGAACAAACUGUUCCUGCCCCAAACCCUCCCCUUACACAAUAGCUUUUUACAGUACAAUUGCAUCAGUGUGACUGCAUGCUAUCAAGGGCUGUCAUUAUCAUGUAUCUUUGAACAUUUUGACAUAUUUAACUUCACAAAGUAGAUGUUGUACAAGGAUAAGGCCUCCUAUCUCAAAGUAACAAGCCGGUAUGAGAACGAUACCUAUAACUGGGCUAAGCUUGGUAUUGUAUUGUAUUGUAUGUAUGUAUAUAUAUAUAUAUAUAUUUGGCUCUUUGAGCUAAAAAAAUAUAUAUAUAUAUAAACUUUGUUUUGUACCAGCCAAGAUGCAGAUAUUACUGUUUCAAUCAUGCACUGCAUGAUAAAUCCUGAUAUAUUUUAUUUGCUUGGUGAAUAUAUGUGCAUUGUUUUCUCCAUAGGUAAGUUGAUUUUACAACAAUAAACAGUUUCAUAAAG